AUUUAGACCCAUUAUAAAUAACAGUCAUUAACCUUAGAACAGGAAGCACUGAAAAAGCAAGAAAAUAAGCAGCUAAUAAGCCUCUCUUGAGCUUUUAGAGUUCAAUUAAAAUCCAAUUUUGAGGGGAAAAAAAUGCCGAUUUCUAGAAUCUCCCUCGGCAGCCCGGCCGAAGCCAGCCAGCCGGACGCCCUCAAAGCUGCUCUUGCCGAGUUCAUUUCAAUGCUUAUUUUUGUUUUCGCUGGUUCUGGUUCUGGCAUGGCUUUUAACAAGCUUUCCGAUAAUGGACCGACGACGCCUGCCGGCCUAAUCGCAGCAUCUCUAGCUCAUGCCUUUGCACUGUUUGUGGCAGUUUCAGUUGGUGCUAACAUUUCUGGGGGUCAUGUAAACCCUGCAGUCACAUUUGGUGCCUUUGUUGGUGGUCAUAUAACACUGCUCAGGAGUGUUUUGUAUUGGAUUGCUCAGCUGCUUGGAUCUGUGGUUGCUUGCUUGCUUCUUAACUUUGCAACCGGUGGACUGGCAGUAGGAGCAUUUGCUCUUUCAGCUGGUGUGACCUCAUGGAACGCACUUGUUUUUGAGAUAGUGAUGACUUUCGGAUUGGUUUACACCGUGUAUGCGACCGCUGUAGAUCCGAAAAAGGGCAACAUAGGGAUCAUAGCACCCCUUGCAAUUGGAUUCAUAGUGGGUGCCAACAUCUUAGCCGGUGGCGCUUUUACCGGUGCAUCCAUGAACCCUGCAGUGUCCUUUGGACCUGCAGUGGUCAGUUGGACAUGGGGCAGCCAGUGGGUCUACUGGCUCGGCCCGUUCGUCGGUGCCGGGCUUGCUGCCCUGGUCUAUGAAAUUCUCUUCAUUAACCAAAGCACUCAUGAGCAGCUCCCAACGACAGAUUACUAAAAACUGAAAAUUGAUACAUCCAAGUGGGUGGGGAAAAUGGUCUCUCCUAUGUGGUUUCAUUGCUGUGGGUAUUUGGGAUUUGUGUGCUUUAGUUUUUCAAUAGUUGGUAAAGGCCUUUCGGCUGUUGUUUGUUGCGAAUCCAUGUGAAGUUUGUCUUGUUCAAUUGUUGUUCAUCUGUUUCUAUUUCGAAAGUUUUGUAAGUUAAACCCUCCAAAAUAUCACUUUUUAUUACUAGGGUGCAAUUCUGACAGUUUAAG